CAGAAGCAAAGCAACGACAGCGAAUCAGCCACUUUACGCAUUUAAUUGAAUAUUUAAUUUAAGUUACCAUUGUUACUCUGUUAGGUUACCAUUGCGACAUCGAUCAGGAUCGGGAGCUAAUGCCUCCACCAGAGGUUGAGCCUAGGCAACCCAGCAGCCUGCACUCCACCGCAAUGGCCAUUGCCGAAGAGACCGAACCCGAGCCCGAGGAGCCGGCCACAGUGGAACAACCAAUGAAUCCCAGCACGGCACGCUACCAGCUCUUCAACACGAACAUCAGCCCCAUUAGUUUGCGGGCAUCCAGCAGUCAGCGGGAAGUUAGUGGCAUGCAGCCAAUGGAGGAGACAACAGUGCCUUUGCCAAUGCAAUCAUGCCUUCGUCGCUCCAUGCGUAUAGCGAAUCGCCUAAGGUCGGAGAUCUCCAGCGCCACUCCCCGAGUAAUGAAUUUGCCGCGCAGCCGGCGGCUGGCGUCAUUCCGGGAACAUGCCACUUCCGUGGCUGUGAAAACGGAGACGGUCACCCAACUGCCGCGAGUUAAAGAUGCAGCGCAGAAAAAUCAUUCGCAGAACGUAAGACCUGCACCCAAUGAAUGGAUGGCCAAUCAUAUUAGAACCUUUCUGGACCAGCUUAACAAUGGAAAUGUCAGGGAGCUGCAAAAGAUUCCAGGAAUCGGUUCAAAGACAGCCUUUAGCUUGACCCUGUACAGAUCCCGCCAGGGUGGCUUCCAAAAUCUUGACCAAGUCAAAUCACUGCCCAUUCGGCCCGGAAAUCGAUGGGAAAGGAUUUGCGAGGCGAACUGCCUCGAAACUUGAUUAGUACUAACCAUUUUAAUUUGAGUUUUGCAUAGUGAGUGUAAUUUUUGGGCCAAAUACAUUGAUUUUACAAAUUCUCGACUAUAGUAGA